CAUCAACUAUGGCUUCUUCAGCCGUUUAUGUGUGCAGUGCAAUUCUGCCGCGCAACAAGUCCAAAUUUUCUCAGUCUUUUCAACUCAGAGCCCAUUACUACGAGAAUGAAGGGAGAUCAAGAAACAUGGUGGAUGCGAAUUUAAGGGUUCUGAGGGAGAGGAUAGAAGAUAUCAAGAACAGGGAGAGGCUGGAGAGAUGCUGCGUGGCUGAGCCCGGAUGGAAUUAUACGCCAAUCCACAACAAUUACAUCAAACCUAAAAGAGACCGAAUUUCGCGACGGUUUCUUCAACUUAUGCUCGAGGUUGGGGGGACUCUCGGCUUCACCGUUCUCAGUUGCAGUUUCUGCCUCUACGCUAUUUCCCUGUUACUUCAUUCCAAUUAAUGACUUGCCACGCGAUCAACCGAUAGGUUGGGAAUUCAAAUUUGAUCGAACUAAACCAAUCACAUAACAAUACGCUUGUUAUAUGAUUUAUCACUUUUUUCUUAGCUAUACACCAAUUGUAUCAUAAGUAUAUUACGCUCGUCAUAUUAUUGAUCCAUGUCCCCAACACUCCAUCCUGUAUUGUACUCGGACAAAAUUAACGACUUCCUACCACCUCUGUACAAACAACUCAUGUUAGAACAUGACAAUUUGUAUAAUCACACACUCACACACAAUUUAUUGUUAUAUAUAUUUGUGCCUAGCUUGAAGAAUUAUAUGUUGAGAACCCGCACAUACUUAGUUCAU